AUGAUAGGUAUCCUUUUAUUACCGUUGUGCGUGGCACGGUCACCAAACGGAACUCGGCGUUGUGUGGACGGAAAAAGCUAUAUCUUCCAUGAUGUCACUGACAGACCUAUUGGUACAAACGAAUGCUGCACAGGAUUCUCAAAGGAUGAAGUUGGAAACUGCGUUGCAGCAGUUCCUCGUUUUGCCGCCGCUAUUAGUCUUGUAUUCAUUGCAUGGAUACUGAUCGCUGUUUUCUCAAUGGUAAUCGCUUACGUAACGAUGAUGGAAAGAAAUAGAAAAGGAACUCGGAAUUCGAUGACGAAUAGUGGAUACUCAUCAAGCGAACAACUCCUCAACAAACCUCUACCAUCUACAUCACAAUUGGUAGCAAUGUAG